AUGGACAAGUAUCAUGUCCCCACUAUGGCCACUUCUCCACUCUCCUCGAUUGGCGUGUUCCACACUACAAAGAUCAUCGUCACUGAUCCCUCCAAGUUCAUCUUUGUUGGCUCAAUUCCUGAGUCCAUGUAUGCUUGUGUAUCAGAGGAGAGCCACAUCAUCAAGACCUACAAGGAGUUUCUUCCUUCAGGUCCAAGAGAGCUAACUGUAGAGAUGCUUCAGUCCAUCAACGACACAGACAAACCUGUUACCACGGGCAAGAAACCAGAGAAAUGGAAAGGAAAGAAAGUGGUCAAAGGGGAGAAAGGCCAUACUCCUAAGAAGAGAAAAUCAAAAAAGGCAGCCCAAUCACCUCCACCGAAGAAGAAGAAGAAGAAAACACAGCCUAAAAGAAAACUUGUUCUUGCUUCUUCCUCAAGCGAAUCAGAGGAUGAAAGUUUAGACUCAGAGGGGUCGAUUCGAGGCGACUCUCAUCCCCGUUCGACUUCACAUGAGCACAUCGGGGAACUUCACGAGAAGAUUGAUAAUCUCAUCGCUUCUUCCUCUUCCUCUCGGUCCCAUAUCUCGGAAGCAGCCAUUCAAGGGAUGGUCGAUACUUUCACCAAGGCACACGAAGCCUCCAUCAACUCUGUUAUUGUUGCUAUAGAUGCAUCAACAAAGGCUUGUGCUGCUACGACUGAAAAAGUCGAAAAACUAUUUCGAGAUGAUACCCUCGUUUUGGAGUCUUUGCAGGGGGCAGCCGAGUCUAAUGCAACGAAGGUUAAUUCGGUUGUUGAGAAGUUGGCUACUUCCUUUGAAACAAAACAACACCACUUUGCCAGUCUUCGUCAGACCCUAGAAGCAGACAACAAAUCUUUCCAGACAACCGUUGAUGAUCGCCUGACCAAGCUCCAAGAAGACCUUGCCACGGAAAAUUCUGUGAUGGAUGCGCUUGCACGCAAAACAACUGCGCUAAAAACCAAGAGUCUUCAACUUUCCCAAACUGAGAAGGAGGUUGAUUAUCUUCGGUCCGAGCGUGCUGUGAUUAAGAGUUGUGUUUCGGAUGUCCACGGAGCCCUCUCGAACAUCAUUGAAGCGCAUGACCCGAUUCUCAACUACUCAGUGAGGCGAACUCUUGCUGAGAAACUUGCUUCUGCCCUUGCCAUGCUUAGCAGAAUUGAGGGGCUUCCUGAGCCAGUGGUCCAUCCAAAACAAGGGGGAGAAGGAGCUUCAAAGGACAGUAAUCAAUCUCAACCUCCUCCUGUUUCCACAGCUCAAUCCCAACCGCCUCCAAUUUCUUCAUCAGUUCCAACUAAAGCAACCGAACCACCAACAACUGGUCAUGCAUCAGGUUCGGGUACUCAAGACAAAGGCAAAAAGGUUCUCGAUGACAGUGAUGGAGACAAAGACAAAGAAACCAUUGCAAAUAUUUUGAAGAAACAGGCCAGGGACAAGGAUCUGUACAUGAAUGCUCGGAUGAAUAUGGCAGUAGGUGGGGGAGGUGGUGGCGAUGGUAGGGGUAGCAGAGGCAGUGACAGUGAUGGUAUUAGUGGUGGUUGCGGUGGCAGGGGUAGUGGUGGCAGUAAUUGUGAAAAUGGUGGUGGUGGUGAUGGUGGCAAUGGCGGUAGAUGGCAGAGGUGUUGA